AGAACGACCUUCCCAUUCUUACAGCCCCUUCCCUCUUCUAGUAGUACAAGCUGGACAGUCGCAAUUUUCUUGUCGGAUGCUCAACUUUUUCAAUCACUGAUCCAAUUAACAGGUCGAUUGAAGUUUAUUGGAUGAUUUUUGUUCAAAAUGUCUUCACAUGUCAAUGGGCCAACAAGUGAUCGACAAAAUGCGUCACCGUUUAUUGAUGAGAGUGGUUCAAAACCAGACGAGGCCGAUGAAAAUGAGAAUGAAGGUAGGGAUGACGAUGAAGAGGAGGAGGAAGAUAUUGAUUUUAACCCUUUUCUGAAGGGAACACCUUCACCAGAAGCUUCUUCGAGUUUAAGCUCUGAAGUUGAAGGUCUUGAUGGUAAUUCAUCAAAACCCACAACCGGUGAGGUGCGAAACUAUGCUGUUGGAGAUUCUGAGCAUGGGGAGGAGGUUGUGAUGAGAACUGCAUUUUCUUCUGAGAGUGAAAAAGAAACUCAAAGUUCAAUACAUAGAAGAUCGAAGAGGAAAUCAGAUUUUGUCUCUCAACUGGAAAAUGUAAGUGUUCGACAGAAGGAGAAUAGCUUUAGUAAACCUUCAAUGAACUUGGAUGAUGAGGAUGCUAUUUGGAAGCGUACCAGGGCUCGUUAUUCACUUGCAAGCUUCACUCUUGAUGAACUUGAGACUUUUCUGCAAGAAACUGAUGACGAGGAUGACCUUCAGAAUGUUGAUGAUGAAGAAGAGUAUAGGAAAUUUCUUGCUGCUGUUUUACAGGGUGGAGAUGGUGAUGACCAAUCUACUCAGGAUAUUGAAAAUGUUGACGAUGAAGAUGAGGAUAAUGAUGCAGACUUUGAAAUUGAACUGGAAGAGCUUCUUGAGAGUGACGUUGAUGACAGUAAAAGGAAUAAGGAUCAGAAAGUGGAGUAUGAGAGAGGUGGUCGACGGCCAGAGACUAGGCAGAACAGACGGCAAAAGGCCUCUGCUCAAUACAAAAGGAAGCUUUUAGAACAGACAAAGAGGCCAUUGCGUCCUCUUUUACCAAUUUUGCCAAAUGGAACAAUUGCUUCGAUUCCCACUGCUGAAGGGAAAGCUUUAACGCCUGAGACAGCCCCAAGCUAUCUCUCUUCUGCAGCAGAAGAGGGUUUAAUAAAUGGAUUUACUCCACAGCAAAUAGGACAGUUGCAUUGUUUGAUUCAUGAACAUCUGCAGCUUCUUAUUCAAGUGUUUUCCCUUAGCAUUCUUGAUCCUUCACGGCAACAGGUUGCCUCCCAGGUUCAGGAAUUGAUUUUUGAGAUGAUCCAUAAACGCGAGGAAGUCAGAGCAUGCAGAAGUGUGCCAUAUCCUUGUAUUUGCUUUCGUCCUCCAUACAUGUGUCCAUCAGUGACAGAUGAAAUCCAAAACUUUAACCCAACACAAUGCACUGAAUCAUCCCCCACUCCAAGCACGCAGAUGUUUGUUUCUCAAAAUAUUUCCACAACUAGGGGAAGUAAUGAUGCUAGUUUUGAUGGCCAGAUUAAUUCUUCACAAACUGCUGCAUAUUUUUGGGUGCCUUUCGUGAAUGGUCCAAUAAUAUCCAUUCUGGAUGCAGCUCCACUUAAUUUGGUGGGAAGAUAUAUGGAAGAAGUUUUCAAUGCUGUCCGGGAGUAUCGGCAGCGUCAUCUGGACUCUAGUUGUGACACAUGGAAUGAGAGGGAACCGCUCUUUCACCUUCCUCAUUUCCCCUCAUUGACUGAGUCAAAUAGUGAAGUUUCAAAAAGAAACACGCCUCCUGCUAUUAGUACUGGGCCAACUAUGCCUGGCCAACAACUACCCAAAAAGACUCUGGCUGCAUCCAUCGUUGAAAAUGCCAAGAAACAAUCAGUUGCUUUAGUUCCAAAAGAUAUUAGCAUGUUAGCACAGCGGUUUUCUUCGCUUUUCAAUCCAGCACUCUUUCCUCAUAAGCCACCCCCUGCCGCUGUGGCAAACAGAGUCCUUUUUACCGAUUCAGAGGAUGAAUUAUUAGCUUUGGGAAUCAUGGAGUAUAAUACAGAUUGGAAGGCAAUUCAACAGCGUUUUCUCCCCUGCAAAUCUAAGCAUCAGAUUUUUGUUAGGCAGAAAAACCGCUGCUCUUCAAAAGCACCAGAAAAUCCCAUAAAGGCAGUUCGGUGGAUGAAAACUUCUCCAUUGAAUGCAGAGGAGAUAGAAUGUAUUCAGGAGGGACUCAAGGUUUUCAAACACGAUUGGAUGUCAGUAUGGAGAUUCAUUGUUCCACAUAGGGAUCCAUCGUUGCUACCCCGACAGUGGCGGAUGGCCCUAGGAACUCAGAGGUCAUAUAAAUCAGAUGCUGCUAAAAAGGAAAAACGACGGAUAUAUGAAUCAAAUAGAAGAAGGUCCAAAACAGCAGAUUUAGCCAACUCGCAACAGGUAUCUGACAAGGACAAUCAGGUUGACAUUACUGGUGGAGAAAAUAAUAGUGGAGAUGAUUGUGUUGAUAAUGUAAAUGAAGCUUAUGUUCAUCAGGCAUUUUUAGCGGACUGGAGACCAGAUGCCUGCUUUAACCUCAGGGAAAAGAACCUUCCUAGUGGUGCAGUGUUAAGAGAGGGUACCCGUGUUAGGGAGCAUUCCCAAAUUGAUAAUGUGCAUAAGUUUCCCAAUGCCCGAUAUUACCAAUAUCCUCAUGCCGUAUCAUACUUUGCUCAUGCUAGACAUUGUCCUCCUAAUUCCAUGCAAUUGAAUCAUCAACUGUCUAAUACAACACUGAAUGCUACUAAGUCUCAAAUUUAUAUGUGGCCAUACAGGACUCAUAGAACUGAUGGUGCACACUUGGUGAAAUUAGCACCAGACUUGCCCCCUGUAAAUCUUCCACCAUCUGUUCGUGUAAUUUCUCAGGCAGCUUUCAAAAGCAACCAGUGCAGAUUGCCUAUGAAGAUACCUACCUCAGGAGGUAGUGGUGUUGAGGCUGGAAGAGAAAGAGAAAACAUAGUUCCUCAGCUUCUGCAAGUUGUGAAUUCAAGAGCGACCAGUUUGGCUAAAGCUAAAAGGGAUAAAACCAAUCAGGUGACAGAUAAUAUCACAAAUGCAUGCUCAGAAGAGCUUACAGCUACGUGUGCAGAAGAAUCUGCAGUUCAAAAUGAUGUAUGUGUUGCUGAAGAGAGAGGCAAUGAUUCAGAUCUUCAGAUGCAUCCUUUACUUUUUCAGGCCCCUGAAGAUGGAUGUUUGUCAUAUUACCCACCCAGCUGCAGCACUGCUACUCCUAGUUCUUUUGCUUUCUUUGCAGGAAAUCAGCCUCAGUUGAAUCUGAGUCUCUUUCAUGCUCCACAUCAAGCAAAUCAAAUUUCUGAUUGUUUGAAUAAAUCUUCAAAGACAAAGGAAUCCAUUUCAGCAUCAUGUGGGAUUGACUUCCAUCCACUUUUGCAAAGAACUGGGGAAGAAAGUAGUGAAUUAGCUACAGCAUGUUCCAAUACACAUCAGUUUGUUUGUUUGGGAGGCAAAUCUGCUCAAUUUCAAAAUCCUUCAGAUGUUGUUCAGACCAAAUUACCAGUCAAUAGCCCAUCUGCUACUGCGUCAAAACCCUCUGGUCCCAACGAGAAAUCUAACGAGCUGGACUUGGAAAUUCAUCUAAGUUCUACAUCCACAAAAGAAAAAACAAAGGGAACUAGAGACAGUGCUUCAAAUUAUCAACCAAAGUUGAUGAUAAGUGCACCAAAUCCUGUAAAUACAAUUGAAAAGCACAAACCUAACAAUCCUUGUCAUCAACACGGUGAAAAUUGCUCAACAGUUCAGAGCAACCUUGUUUCAUGUGGUGAUGCAUUAGCGGUUCCAAGCAAUAGUGACAGAAUCUGCAACAUGGAUGAUGUAGGAGACCAGUCUCACCCUGAAAUCAUAAUGGAACAGGAAGAGUUGAGUGACUCAGAUGAAGAAACUGAAGAACAUGUAGAAUUUGAGCGCGAGGAGAUGGCUGAUUCUGAUGGGGAGGAGGGUUUGGGUGGUGAACUAGUUACUGAAGUGCCAGAUAAGGAGAUUACAUGUUCUGCAACUGAAGAAGUUACAACUGAAUGGAAGAGCACUAUUCACACAGAUGGCAAUUCGUCUAUCCCAGGGAAGGCCAGUCCUUUCUUAAAGUUGAGCUUGACAAGCAUGAGGAAGGAAUCUAGUAGUAGCGCAUGGUUGACUUUAGAUUCUUGUGCAGCUGUUGACCCUCCAAGGAUAAAUGCAAAGUAUGAAGAAUGUACAAUUGGUGCUUGUCCUGUUGCCAAAAAAUUGAUUUCAGGACGUCCAAACAGAUCAUGCAAGAAAACGACACAAAGCAUGAGAACUGUUGUGACAGAGAAGGAUGUCAUGGACAUGGCACAACAACUCAGCCUUGGCCCUCUUGCUGUUUCCACGUUGAAGAAACCCAGGAAGCGAGCUUGUCGAACAAAUGCAAGUUUUAACACGGCAAUGGCAACUGAAAAUUCGAGAUAUGAUGAAGACAAGUUCAGUUGAUUUGCAGCGUCUUUAAUAAACGGCGCAAUCAGUUGAAUAGUCUGAAUUGCUCAGAUGUAGUCAACCCAAUUAACCAAUGAGCUUGUGGGAGUGGAAGCACAGAUACUGAAGCAGCAGAGAAAUUUGGGUGUCUAGAGGAUGCCAGUCUUUCUCACUAACAUGUUCCCCUUAGGGCCUUUCAGAUUUGCACCCAAUAUUAAGAGGGUUUCCUUUUUUUUUUUUUUUUUUUUUU